UAGUGACAUUUGACUCCGGUUGAGCAGGCAACUGAACACCCGCUUAGAGAUGGCGGAUACAGCGGUAUCUACUCCCGGCGCGCCUGCCGGAGAAAACGGCAGCGGUGGAGGGAGUUCUUCGAAUGCUUCGUAUUUGAACUCGUUCCGCAUCUCUGCUGCCGCAGGCCGAUUAGCUAUGCAUGUGUCACCCCCAGAAAUAAACGAUGUCGUAGAGUUCUGCCAGCUCUGCCUUUCUCUAGCCAGAGGCAUUGAUCGUGCCAUCGCAAGUAAUGAUGUUCCCACCAAAGCUACAGAGUUGCCUUCAUUGUUCAAACAGGUAUGUAGGCGGAAAAGUGAUCCUUUCAUGCAGGCUGCAGUCAUGGUUCUUAUGAUAUCUGUUAAGAGUGCUUGUCAGAAUGGGUGGUUUUCUGACAAAGAUUCUGAAGAUCUUCGACAUCUUGCAAAUGAGAUCUCUAGCAGCUUCUGCAGUACGCCAGAUUUCAAUUGCGAACCUAGUGGUUCCCUAUGUAUUAUCUCAACAGUUAUGUCGAGGUUCUUUCCUCUAUUGAAAAUGGGUGAGAUAUUUGCCUUUCUAGAAGUCACGGCAGGAUAUGGAACUUUCAUCAAUGACUUUUAUAUGUCGAAGAAUGUGAAGACUUCUCCCGAAGAUAAAAUAAGGCUACUGGUUGCUCAAAUAGAUAACACAGAGACUUCAUCAUGUCUUAUAAGCCCCUCUCAAGCAAUCUUUCUCCUCAAUGGGAAAGGGGUGGAAAAGCGAACAAAUGCAACUGAUACUGGUCCUCAGGUUCCAACAGUUGUAUCACAUAUGCUUAAAUAUGGAACAAAUCUUCUUCAAGCUGUUGGCGAAUUUAAUGGAAACUACAUUGUUGUUAUUGCCUUUAUGAGCAUGAGGCCAACCCCUGACCCUGCCACCCUUCCUGAUUAUGUGCAUCCCGCUCCAGCAUCAGUAGAUCCAGAUUCUGAGAUAAUCGAGGGGCCAUCAAGAAUUUCCCUGAAUUGUCCUAUAAGCUUCAGGCGUAUUAAGGCUCCUGCUAAGGGCCAGUCAUGCAAACAUCUCCAGUGUUUUGAUUAUCAUAACUAUAUUGAUAUAAAUUCAAGAAGACCGUCUUGGCGCUGUCCUCAUUGUAACCAGCAUGUCUGCUUCACAGAUAUUCGUAUUGAUCAAGAUAUGGCCAAGGUCUUGAAAGAAGUUGGGAAGAACAUCACUGAUGUGGUCCUCUCUUCAGAUGGUUCGUGGAAGGCAAUCAUGGAAAGUGAUGGACAUACUGACAAUACCCCUUCAAAUAACCCCAAAUUUUCAAAAGAUGAAACUAUUCUUCCAGAUUCCGGUGGUGUCUCGAACUUGUCUUCAGAUAUUAUGGAUCUCACUGAGAUAGACGAUGAAAUGGAUGUUGUAGGUACAGUAAGGUUGGAAGAAGACCAUAAAGGUUUCCAGACCAACAGCCAAGACCAACCUUUUCUCGCACCUAAUAAUCCAACACAGGUUAAUCAGACUCCAAGCGUGAACAGUGACUUCUGGUCGGGCCUUUAUCUCUCCACAUUUGAGUUAGGAACAUCUAGAUCUAGUUCCAACCCUCAGCAGAUUGGUGUUUCUGAACCUAUUCCAACUAAUUUAAUGCCGUCACCUGCUUUAACCAAUGCCCUUAUACCUGCCUCCGUCACACAGGGUGGGGAUUCGUCACCUAACAGCAACAGCUUACAGUUACAGCAGUUUCAAUUUGGGAACUCGGGGAGUAAUACUAAUGAAUAUGGGAGGAUGCCGUCAAUAACUAGACAUGCAGUGAGUAGAGCGGCAAUUGCAGUUCAGGCUCUUCCUGCUCAGGCGCCCUCUCCUCCUGUACCUCAGCAAAGACCCAGAAAUAAUGAUGACUCCUCAAUUCUCAACAGCUCUUCACAAGCAUCUCAGGCAACAUCUGUUGUCACGAACAAUUCAGGUCCUAGUAACAUCGAAAGGCAGCAAAGCUUCUCCAGAGCUAACUCAAAUAUGGUCCAGUCAUCACAUGCCCCAUCAGCAGCGUUACCUAAUAAACAGCAGGUAGAGCGUUCUUUUGCUCAUAUGCACCCAACUCAACAGAUUUUUGGCCACAAAAAUCCAGCUCAGUCACAUACUCCUUUCGGACCUCCUGGAUUUGCAGCUGAACCACUCAAUGCAAUUCGGCAGGGACUAUUCAACAACCAGCAUACAACAUCCCACACCCCAAAGCAAUCUCAACAAGGCCUCUCUAGGUCACCUGCCAGUUUCUCCCGAAUCAACCCCCAAAGUAAUUUGCAAGUUGGAGGCCCCCCGGCAAGAGGCAGCGGCGUUGUUAGUAGCCAACACCUUCAGCCGAUGCUCACCGCCCAGAGGACGGCUCAGGUAGCAAGACCCGUCCAAUUAUCCCGAUCUGCCGCCCCUCCUAGCUCUGUUCCAAGAAACGCUGAAGCCUCCUCACGGGGUGUAUCAAUAUCCUCAUUCACUGGGGGCGGGGGUGACCAGAGAGGUGGAAACACAGUGCCGGUUGAUUUAGGAUCAGGACCUGAUAAGGACUGGCGGCCUGUGGGGCGUAUGCGUGGUAGCCUAUCGGGAAGAGCAUUCUCUGAGGCUCUGGAACACUACAUCCCCAUUCAGCAGCCACCACCAACCACCACCCAGCAGCAGCAAGCUCAAUCUCCUAGACCGUCUCUCCCACCUCACAUCUCACCACAGUUGCAAGCCCUCUUGGCUAACAGGUUGGUUGGGCACUCAUCUACAACUUCUAAUCAGGCAUCUAGUUCUACUCCAGCUGCCACGCCAGAUGUGUCGGCUGUUUUACCCCCACAUUCUUCUUCUGGAAUGCAGUAGUUUCUUAAAGGUAGGCUAUUCUUUUUUCUUUAUUUUUUAUAUUUAAAAAUUUUGAGGCUACUUUGUAUACACAAGAAGACUCCUCCAUCAUAGCUAUUACACCCCAUUGCCCCAAGAACGAAAGGUAUAUGCUGUGUAAUAUAUAGAAUGCAACUUAUAGAUGUAUGAUGUUAUUAUUUUCUUAGCCAUCUCACACUUCUUCCAAACCUGGCGUUCUUGGAUGUCUGUAUUGCUGAAAGCCUGAUACAGUUAAGUCAAAACCAAACCAACCCGUUAUUAUCUUUAUACGUAUAUACAAAAAGAAAAGAGCAAACAGUAAAAAA